GCUGAUCCCACUGCCCCCGAUCUCACCCCAGUGCCCAUUUGGGCAUUUCUCCACAGACAGAACCCCUUCAGGGAUGCUGACGGUGCUUCCGACACCUGACGCCGCUGUAUUUGGAUCUUUUGUGCCACCACCGACCACUGCUGCAAUGCAGCCCAGCAUCGGUGGAUCAGUGCCAGUGUCACCGCAACCCCUCCCUGUCCCCAGUGGCACCCACAUGGUGCCUCAGGCCUCUGUCUGGCCUGGGGUACUAGGUGACCAGGGACAGGGAGCGCAGCUCCCACCUGGGGGGCCGCCUCCAACUGUGGUUCAGCUGCCACCUGGGGGGCAGCAAUUACCACUGUUGAUGCUCCUACCUGGGGGGCUGCACCCAGGCAUGGCUCCCCCCACGGCCCCUGCCUGCUGCUGGGGGCAUCCCCUGCUGGCAGGGAUGCUGCAGCCCCAGCAGCCAAUGGGGCUGUGGCCUGGGGCCGUGUUCCAUGGGGAGCCCCCGCCGCCUGCAGGCAGCUGCCCGCUGCAGGCCCCCAGAUGCCCUGUCCUUCCACCAGCACCUUCAGAGCAGCAGCAGGUGCUCCCCGUGCCCUGCACCCUGCCCAGCAGCUGGGAGCAGAUAGCGGCGUCCUUUGGAGAUGCCGUGGUGCACACAGAGGACCAGGGGCAUCCAGCACCCACCAACGUGUCCCCCCGUCCCACCACGGCUCCACACACCUGUAGCACCUCAGCGUUGGAAUCAGGUGGUGAAUUUGGGGGCUGCAGAGUGGGUGGCAGGCUGUCCGCACCAGCUGGCUGUUGAAAAGCUGGCAUUGCCUCACUGGGGAUUUCCUUGCUUUUCCAUCAGGGACAAUGAGCGUAGACAUCUCAGAGGACAUCAUGGACACUGAUGACCUCCUGACAUGGAUGAACAAUGAAGUGGCAUCCAACACAGAGAUCCCAGACGACAUCCUGGACAUGGAUGACCUCCUGACGUGGGUCAACAACGAAGUGACAAGUCGUCUGGAAGUCCCCCAGCAGAACCAGGACCUGGUUGGUGUCCAAGCAGAGGGGACCGAACACACUGAGACUGCGGAAGAGGAAAAUGGUCCUGCUGAUGAGCUGCUGCCAGAACUGAACAUCCAGGAAAGGGCAGAGCUGCUGCAGUGGAUUGAUGCCACACAGCCACUGAGCCCAGCUGUCCCCAGUAGCCUCAAUAGUGCUCCUUUCAUCACAGUGCUCUCUGAAUUUCCCUGGGCCAGCACGGAGCUCAGCGGAGAGGCAAAGGCUGACGCCAGGCCCAUCAGUGACCUGUUCUGGAGGCAGCCAGCAUGCUGUGGGCAGCUCUCCAAAUCGCUGCCUUGUGGGGAUCUGAUUGAAGAGGCACAGCAGAGGCAGCCAUGGGUGGUUCUCACCUGCCUGGCACUGCCAACCCCCCUGGAUGCUCCCGUGCCUCCUUCACCCCACACCACACGACUGAUAGAAGAGGUGCAGCAGAAGCAGCCCCGGGUGGUUCUCACCCGCCUGGCACUGCCACCUGGCUGUAUCUCCUGCCAUGUGCCAGGCAAUGACUACGAGGAUGGCACCGAGCCGGCCGAGUGCCCAGUGCCUGCCUGCACCACCAGGAAAGGCAAAAGCAGAGGGCACAAACAGCACGCUGGCAGCAACACAACCAGAAAGAGGAAGCUGCCCCUGGGCCAGGAUGCUCCAGGACAGAAACGCUGGCGCUAGGCAAAGCUGGGUGGACGCAGCACGACUGGGAGUGUCCUCAGAAACCGGCCCACGUGGUGCAGCAGGAGGCACGGCCAACAAAUAAGGCUACCUGUAGCCAGGGCUCCUCACCAGCCCAUACAGGGCACAUACAGAGCAGUGGCAGUACUCCAGGGGCACCAGCACUGGCCCCAGCCCUACCCCUCCAAACCUGGGCUGUCCACCAACAUCGUCUUGGACUGGGACAAUGUGGGACUGUGUUAAAUUAUGUUACGUUAAAUCCCGUUAGAUUCUGUUCAAUUAUGUUAUAUUAUGUUAUGUUACAUUAUGUUAUACUAUUAAAUUUUUUGC